AUGACAUAUCAAGUUAUGUGUGUGGGCUUUGCCUCAUAUUACAGCAUGGGGUCAUCAUACGUCCGGACUAGGGAGAUCGUGAUCGGAGUGAUUACACCCCAGAUUGCUCAGCAUCAAUUACCAACUCCGGGAUGUCUCGAAGACAUCGGCAUCCGACCGGGAAAGUCGACGGAUUUAUCAGCUGAAUUGACAUACAAAAUGCUGUACGGGCGCCCACACCGACCCAAGACGCAAGUAUUGCGUGCUCAUCAACGGCCAAAUUUUUCAGCAAUUCUGCCCGUUUUGGGCAAGCGGUGA